ACUAAUUGCAAGCGCUGGACACAGAAUUUUCAAAACCAAAGGGUGGAGGUGCACUUGAAAUACGGUUCAAUAUAUACAAUGGGACCUUAUCUGAUGUAAGCGCCCAACACGACUGUGACUCAUGCUGGUGACCUGCUUGCAUGCGAUCCAGUCAAAUGAUCACUGCUCUCCGCACGCUCCCCCGGGACAGAUGUCACGACGCUCGAGUAAAACAGUACGUCGCGUAUAUUGAUCUCAAUAGUCCCACCCUGUCUCUACACAGCCCGCACCUUCACUGUGCCCCAGAAUUAGCCACAGUUUUAUACCAGUGUUACAGUACAUUCUGAAAGGACGUGUUGCUAUCAUUGGAAUGGUGGAUAUGGAGUAGUGGUUACUUGGAACAGACAUGACAUGCAAAAUUGGCCAUCUUGAAAUGACAGCCUUCUGCCAAUUUCUCCUCAUCCUGCUGCUAGUGACGCUGACAUCAGCAGCACACCACGGGAGCUGUGGCGACAGCUGGUGUAGCUGUAACAAUCACACCAAACAAGCAACAUGCAAUGGUCACGGAACGAAACUGACAUAUAUUCCAAGGCUACCAGAAUUCAUAACUGACGUGGAUUUCUCAGGCAAUUUUCUUCCAAACAUUUCCUCAAAAACUUUCAAGAAUAUUAAAUCACUUCAGUUGAAAAGGUUAACUCUGAGAUCAAACAGGAUAAGGAGCAUGUCAGCUGACUCAUUUAUUCAUCUAAGUACUUUAACAGAGUUGAAUCUUGAUGACAACAGUUUCUCAGGAAUGUCUUUAGCUGGAACAUUCCCGACUUUGAGCCAUCUUCCUCUUGUAAAGUUAUCGCUUGUGCGACUAAAGUUGAAUGAUUCACACAUCUUUCAUCAGUUACAUAGUCAUACAAUGAAGUCCAUAGACCUAGACAGAAACGACUUAAAAAGUUUUAAACAAACCGAUUUUAGUGGCCUCUUCAACAUCCAGAAUUUAUCUUUGGCGCACAAUUCCAUCCGUGAAGUAAAUCUGGCGUACACCCCAUCGUUACUGGCGUUGAAUCUGAGGGAUAACGUUAUUUCAACGUUUCCUAAUUUUUGUACGACAAAUGGGUCCUUUUUCCCAGGCCUUGGAACACUGAAGUUGGACCACAACUAUAUAUACAAACCACUUGAGGGCCGUUACAUUCAAUGCUUAAAGAAUUUGGCUGUCUUUUCUGUCAACAACAACCACAUUCAGGAAAUAAAGCCAAAUUCAUUCUCUGAAAUGCCAGCACUGACUGACAUAAUCCUAAGAAAUCUCGGAGGAGGCAACCUUUAUAUUGACCAAUAUGCUUUCAAUAACAGCAAAAUAGAAUACAUUUCUUUAACAUCGUGUGGUAUAAACUUCAAGAGACAAGUACACAAAGAUGCAUUCAAAGGAUGCUCCAAUCUACAGUCAGUUGAUGUUUCCUUUAAUAAAUUUUCAAACACAUCCAACCAGGACCUAAUUGAUUGGUUUGGACACUUAAAAUCUUUAACAGGAAUUGGCCUUGGAAGCUGUGGAAUCAAAUCGUUUCCAACGUUUGUUUCAGUUUACUUAGAAAACUUGCAAUACUUCAAACUGUAUGGAAAUGGCAUUGAUGAGUUACCCAUAGGUGCGCUGACACCUUUAAAGAAUCUUACCCAUAUUUGGCUGGCAAGUAACCGAUUAGCCAAAAUAGACGAGCGAGUGUUUACCUCCGAAGUCCAACAAAGGCUUCAAGUGGUUGAUUUAAUGCACAACCCAUUUGCAUGUAACUGUGAACUCCUCUGGUUCCUCAAGUGGACAAAGUCCGAACCUCACAAAUUCAAAGACUAUCCGGAGAAGUAUGUGUGUUCCAGUCCUGGGGAAAUGAGAGGAAGAAUACUCUCCAAAGUAGAUCUGUCUGAACAGCCUUGCCUUCUCCCUUUCCCUGCUAUCUUUGCCCUGCUUGGAGUCUGUGGGAUUGUCUUCCUUGUCCUCAUCUCAGGGUCUAUUACGUAUAGAUAUCGAUGGCACAUUCGUUUUUACAUGUACAGAAGAAGAUACCAGAGAGGGGAAUUUCAACGACUUGAAAACAUAGAGAAUACAUACGAUGCUUAUGUAAUAUAUAGUUUGGAGGACAUCAGAUGGAUCAAGAACGAACUCAUUCCCACAGUAGAGGGAACACAUGGUUCCAGAUUGUACAUUCGUGACAGAGACUCUUUGGCUGGUAUCCCUAUCGUCGAUAACGUUGUUAACAAUAUGAAUGUUAGUAAAAGCAUCCUGAUUCUUCUGUCGAAUGCCAUGGCCAGAGAUGAGCAGUGUCAGUUCGAGCUGAUGUUUGUCCAGAGACAGCUGGAAGGGGAAAGGAAUCCUAUCAUCCUGGUCCUGCUGGAGGAGGUGCAGGUCGCCAACAUGACUCAGUCUGUGUACGCCCUGGUCAGGAUGCAUCCCUUCAUCCCCUGGGGGGACGAAGAGGAUGCCAGAAGAUUCUUUUGGGAUCGCUUAGUUUUGUCACUUAAUACUGAACGCGAAGUCAGGCCAGAUGUUGUCGAUGCAUAAUUUAUUCACUUUGACACUUUGGAUUAAUUGCGGAUUCUAAGAGUGUGUCUAAGUGUUCUAAGUAAGGUGAAUGUGAUUAGCGUGACAGUGGCGAUACGAAAAUUACAUGGAUGCAUGUUUUUCAGAAUUCAUCCCAUAGAAAUAUGUUUUUGUACAAAUUGUACUAUUGCAGUAUAUUUUGCUUGAUUGUGUGCACUUCACAGUCGCAGGGGAUUCUUAUGUAAAAGCAGAAAAUCUGAAAAAACAAUUACCAUGUAAGCGGGCAUCUGCUCCUAAAGUAUCUUAAACAAUUUGGUCUGUGUCAAUAUUGUGAUAAUGUGUUAAAAUUAUUAUCAUGUGUAUCAUAGUUAAUGUAUAUGCAUAGAUUUUACUAUACUUUGUUGUACAUUGAAACUUUAUACUGAUAAAAAUUUUUUAUCUGUG